AUGCGAUGGUUGUUACGAAUAUGUGUGCUACUCACGAUUUGCGUUUUUCGAAAUGAAGCUAGAUUGAACAAACAGGCGGCGGAAGUUACUGGAAGAGUGUGCGCUUUCGGCGAUUUCAACGCGGAUCGAAAUACUGAUAUUUUGGUGUCAAGAGGCGGUAAUUUGACCAUUUUGCUUCAGGAUGAUAAACUUCUCGAUGUGCUGAUAGCUGGCAAAUUCAUAAACUCGACGAGUUGGAAGAUCGCCGAUGAGGAGCUCGGCGACGAUUUGGAAUGCUCGGUUGGCGAUUUCAAUGGAGACUCGAGACUUGAUGUUUUGACGUCAAUUCGAAUCAGUGAUAAAGAGUACGAUCACACGCUUUGGACGUCGACCGAUGUUGACAAUACUGAAGUGUUUCGAUCGUUCCAUAUUGGGGUACUCGGCCAACACGCGAUGGCAAUCGAUGUGACGAAUGAUGGCUGGUAUGAUAUUGUGGGCUUUUGGCCGAACGGCACGUUUUUCUGCACAAAAGUGGGCAAAAGCGGUAGCAUUAUACCGGUUGUUGACGACUGCUCAACGGACUUUAGAAAUAUGCCGAAUUCGAUGAAUUUCUAUGAGGGCAUGCCGCAUUUGUUCAUGGAUUUGAACGAGGAUCUUCGCGCUGAAGUUGUAUUCAUGACGAAAGAUGAAGAGGAUGGAAGUUUGGUGAUGAGUGUUUGGCAAGAGCAAAAAAUCGGUUGGAUGUUCAAAGACUGGGUGCCGAAAUUGUCAUCGGCGCAAUACGCGUACAUUGGAGCACCGUUUGGAAUGGAUUUUGACGCCGACGGCCGAAUGGAUAUUCUUGUGCCGGUUUGUCGAGAAGCGGAAUGUCGACAUGUGACGUCGUUGGCGAUGUACUCGCAUAAUCGCGGUUGGACGAAUGUGGCGAUCGAUUUGCAGGAGCUUGAAGUUGAAGUCGAGCCGUACUCGCGCGUCAUUUUCCGUGUUGGCGAUUUCUCGUUGGACGGUUAUCCGGAUCUUGUCGCGAUUGCAGUGAACAAGAAUCGAAAUCAGCCGACGUACACACCGAAGGUUAUUGAGAAUGUCGAAUGUAAGAAUUGCGAGAAGAAUGGAACGCGCAAAUUCGAAAUCAAAAAGAUGGAGUUCAUUCAGCCGAAAAAUAUGGCUCUCGGAACGGCGAAAAUGGCGGCGUUUUUCGAUUUGGAGGAGGAUGGUAGCUUGGAUAUUCUUGUUGAAUACGUAUUCGACGGUGUAACCAGAUUUGGGUUCAUCUAUUGUCCGGACAAAGGGGAUACGACGUUCCUCAAAGUGCAAGUGUUCACUGGAGUGUGCAGCGAUCGAUGCAAUCCGAAAUCGAAUGAGCUCGGCUCGAGUAUUAGUUUCGCCGGCGCGUGCGCCUAUUUCUCGAUGAGCGACGGAUGGGGCGGGUCGGCGAAGAGCGUUUCGUGUCAGGUGCCGACGAGUUCGCAUCGCUCGUUGUUCUUGCCGUUCUUGUUGUUCGGUCUUGGCCGAAGUCCGAAUUUCGUCGACGAGGUGAACAUCGGAAUUCCGAAGUUGGCCGAUCGACGCGAAGAAUGGCGGCACACGUUGAAGCAGAUUGUGCCGAAUUCGCGAAUCAUCGUGUUGCCUCCGUCCGAGCAGAAUCCGCAUUGGUUGAGUAGGCUUUAUGUGACGCCGUCGCAGCUCAUCGCGCAGAGCCUUCUCGUCAUCGCAUCGGUAUGUCUGAUGCUGCUCGCCGUCGUCGUUUUUCUGCACUAUCGCGAGAAGAAGGAAGAUCGAUACGAGCGCCAACAGCAAUCGCACCGAUUCCAUUUCGACGCGAUGUGA